CGUUUAUACAGGUUCAAUUUACCUUGUAGAUAGUGGACCGGCCUGCUCAACACCUGCUGCGCUUAUGGCUUUGGCCCAUUUAAACAGGGAAAAGUUGUAAGCUACCGAGCGUGCCUCAGCCCAAAGAAUUGAUCUUUAUAACGUUAUUUGCGACAGUGUUACCAGCCAUUACAUCGACCAAACCAUUCGAACCUGCUUCGAUCCCUUAGGCUCCUGGAGUUUGUAGGCUUUGUUCACGGAUAUCCACCCCAUAAUUUUACCCUGUCCUUGUGUAAUCUUACCUGAGGCGCCCCUGCUGCUGGGCGUGCUCGGGCGCCUCUCCGUGCCACGAUGCAGCAAGGUCGCGACGCAGUAGAUACGCUUAGCAAAGCUUGCGCCUAUGGAGAUUUCGACAAGCUUCGUCUCUUUGUGGAGUCGGACCCGCAGAGCGUCAAUAAACCCGACGAGAACGGGUAUUACCCGCUGCAAUGGGCCGCGUUGAACAACAGGGUGCCGGAGUGUAGCUACCUACUACAGCAUGGCGCCCACGUCAACGCUGCUGACCAAACCGGUCAGACAUCGCUGCAUUGGGCAGCUGUGCGUGGAAGCCUGCCGGUCAUUGAAACGCUGCUCCGGCACAAUGCCGACUGGGAAGCACGCGACAACCGCGGCUACACCGUCUCACACGUCGCCGCGCAGUACGGCCAAACCGCCGUUAUCUACCACCUCGCGCUUCGUUGGAGCGCCGACGUUGACCUGCCUGACAACGACGGCCGCACGCCGCUGCACUGGGCAGCCUACAAGGGCUUCCACGACACCAUCCGCCUGCUGCUCGUCCUCGACGCGCGCUACACACUGGCUGACAAGGAGGGCUGCACGCCGCUGCACUGGGCCGCCAUCAAAGGCAACGGCGAGGCCUGCACGGUGCUGCUGCAGGGCGGUUCCGCCUGCGUGCUCACCUACACCGACGUCACCGGCAGCACCCCCGCGCAGCUGGCCAUCGACAAGGGCCACCGCUACCUGGGCCUGCACCUCGCGGAGUACAAGUCCAAGCACGAGCCGGGGUCCUCCGGGGGUGGUUCCGGAGCCGGUAGCGGCACGUGCUUCGGCAAGCACGGCCGGCUGUCCUGGCUGACCUCCACCCAGCUCUGCCCCUGCAUCUGGGCGCUCAUGAUCAUUAUGGUGAGCCUGUUCAUAAACAAGGUGAUGGAACCCACCAUGGGGCCCGUGCUGCAAUUCUUUGGCUGGAGUGUGGCCGUGUCGUGCGCACUAGCGCUGGCGCUGCUCUAUCGCGUCACCACCAGCGACCCGGGCUUCAUUCCCACGGGUUUUGAGAAUGCGUACGGCAGCGGCAGUAGCAAGCGCGAGGGCGGCAGCGGGGAGGGCGGGAAUGGCGGCAGCGGGGGGGCGGCUGUGCAGCGGGGCACCUCCGUGACUAGCAGCCACAGCAGCAGCGGCGGCCUCAGCAGCAGCUCGGGUCGUGGCGGCGGCAAGUACAGCCAUGUGAAGCAGCUGGACUCCCCCGCACUCUGGUCGGGCAACUGGCAGCAGCUCUGCGUGACGUGCCGCAUCGUGCGGCCGCUGCGAGCCAAGCAUUGCUCGGUCACCAACCGGUGCAUUGAGGUGUUCGACCACUACUGCCCCUGGGUGGGUAACGCCAUCGGCAAGGGCAACCGCGCCCUCUUCCUGGUCUUCCUCUGGGUGGCGCUGUACGCCAUGGUGACGUCAGCAAUCGUGGGCGUCAUUCAAAUCAACCGCCACCUCUCCCAGCCCUCCGCCUCCCACCCGUACGGCGGCUCCGCCCGGCGCAACACCCCCUGGCGUGCUGACGUGCUGGUGUGGAUGAUUGUGUUUGAGGUGUUGGAUGUGUUUAUAGGUCUCAGCGUGGCGGCGCUUACGGUGGCGCAGACGUCCCAGGUGGCGCGCAACGUCACAACCAACGAACUCGCCAACUGGCACCGCUACCGAUACCUGCAGGCGCCCGACGGGCACGGUUUCGUCAACCCCUUCAGCAAGGGCUGCGCGGAGAACUGCCGCGAGGCGUGCGCGCCCCACACGGUUCCCAUGGCGCCCGUGUUCCUAACCCGGGAGCAGCAGCAGCAGGCGGCGGCAGCAGCGGCGUGUGGGAAGGGCGGGUGCAGGUCGUGCCAUCAGCAUGGGUAACGGAUGCGGGGGGAGGUGCUUGAGGAGGAGAGGAUGUGGGAUGUGGAGAGGAUGGCGGGCAGGAGAUGUAGGGCAGCGCACAUGAACAGGCGGUCGAUGGUGGGGGAGGUGCGACAGGGUUGGGGUGUGUCGGCGACGUGGAGGGGGGCAUGGGAGUUGGAAAGCCACAGGAGCAGCGGUGGAGUUGGCAUACGAGGAUGGGAGGGGAGGUUGCCUUGCUCAUAAGGAGACGGCGGAGCGCGCGAUGAUGCAUAUUUAGUAUCUUGGUAGUUCGGAAACGUGUCGGGAAGGGGACGUAGACCUAGGUGUUUACAAUCUGGGUCGCGGCAGAAAAGCUUGAUAUUAAGCAGCUUUAUUGCCGCGAACAAGUUGGGUAUUAAUACUCGUGCUUGCUUGGGGAAUAACUCGAAAGCAGUUUGUAAGCCCGUUCGUUGGAUCAAUAAAAGCUGUGCUCUACGUUUGCUUUCAAUCCUGGGUCCGAUAUGUCGUGCUUGGAUUGUGUAGGUGCACUAGAAGUCCCGGAGCAAGCCCGUAUUCCUGGAUAAUUGAUUGCCGGGCGGCCGUACGGCGGCUCCGAGACCAGCUCGCCAGACGCGCGCGGCACAUAUAAUUGCAACUGCAAUAACUCCUCGCCUUUCCCGGCUCGGACAUUGCAC